GCCCAGAUUAAGUAUAUAAGGCAAACUGAGCUCCACAGAGAACAGAGCAGUUCAUCCAUAGUUGCACUGCAGACCAUAGACUCACAAACACAGAGACAACAUGAAAGUUGUUGCUGCCUUCUUGCUGGUGCUGGGUUGCCUGGCUGUCAGUCAUGCAUGGAGAUGCAGAGAGGGUCCGCGGCUGUACAACGCCAAACAGGUUGACGCUGGAAUGGGAAUGGUGGCUGCAACCGACAUUUACAAACGGGCCUAUUUCCUGAGUGGACGGAACUGGUACAGACUGGGCACAACCACCCUCAAGCAUGUCUCAGUGGGACCUUCAGGAACAUGGGGGACUUCUGCCUCAAACAGGGUCCACAAAUUGGUAGCCGGAAACUUUAAACAAGUCAAUGGUCUGACUAUGCAGCAGGUAGAUGCUGGUGGUAAUGGGCAGGUCGUCGGGGUAAGGCCCUCCAACUAUCUUGCCUACUGUCUGAGAGAGGCUUAUGCUUUGGGCUACACUGGAGUGGGCGGUCUCAGCUGGACUUACCUUGCUGGAUCGCUGAAGUACUUAAGCUGUGGCCCACGGUUCGGAUGCUGGGGAGUUAACCGACAGUCCCGUGUUUAUGUCUCUAGGGCAAUAUCACCAACCACCUGCAGGAAUAGUGGCUGGAUUGCCGUGUCAGGGCUAGCAAUGAAAAUGGUUGAAGUGGGGACAGACGGAAGCGUUUUUGGAGUGAGUACAGCGGGCAAGCUCUACCAAAGAUAUGGCAUCAGCGCACGUCGCCCACAAGGCACAGGUUGGCGUUUAGUCCCAAUGUGCAUGACCGUCCAACACGUGUCCUAUGACCUGCGCCAGCUUUGGGUCGUCACCACCUCUCGUCUGCUCAUGACAUGCGUCCACUAAUGUCAUGAGUGUGGCAGAUGACAAAUGAGCACCAAACUCUGUUUGUCUUGGCUCGCAUCCAUGUCUUUCUUUUCUUCAGAUGAUUUGAUUUUUUUCCCGAAAUUUAAAAAUCUGUGGUGUAAGUUUUCAUUUAUCUCCUCUGCUUAUUUCAGCAUCAAUACAGAACAUCUCUUAUCAGCAUUUAAAAAAAAAAAAAGGAGGUUAUGAGCACAUUUAAAAAGUGACAAAAACAAGUAUGUAAUGUAAAUUGCAAUCAAGCAAAAUGUUAUUUGAUUUAAUUGUGAGACAAACAAAUGUUGCAUUGUUGUUUUUUCAUGCAUGUUGAACCUCUUCCUGCCAGUUAUUGUACUCACAAUGUUAAUUAGGGAUCAUUUGAAGCAAUUUCAUCAGAUAUUUGCCCUGCAUUUAAAUAUUUGUGCUGUAGUGAAUGUGGUAUUUUAAAGAAAGAAAAAUGUAAGCCUUGUUGGAUCCUCCAAACAAAAUGUACAAAAGAACUGUAACUUUGCUGAAAACCUCUCUUUUAGGGUCUGUGUGGUUUUAAUGUUUCUUCAACUAAAUCUUCAAAUUGGAAAAUCAAAUAAAAGUUUCAUUGCAGAACAAUUA